AUGCUGAACUACAGUCUGAGCAACAUAUGCGGCUGCUUCUACACAGGGGGCAAAAUUACCUUUAGCGAGGACGGCAAUUCGUUAUUUGUACCAGUAAGUAAUAGAGUAAAUGUAUACGACUUAAAUAGUAAUAGUUGUAAUACUAUAGGAUCAGAAGGGAAAAAUGACUUGAGGCAUGUGAUAAUACACCCUCAUAUGGAGAUAGCAAUAACUAUUGAUAAAUUUGAAAAUGGAUGUAUUAUUAAUUUAUUAAAAGAUAAAGUGAUGUCAAGAAUAUUAUUUAAAUCUAAAACUGGUGUAGUAACUGCAUUUAAUUAUAACAGUAUUUUUACUCCUCAAGAAGAACAAGAUUCUGUUAAUUGUGCUUUGUUUACACAUGAUGGUAAUUAUUUUCUUGUUGGAAUAGGUAGAAGAGUUGUUAUUUGGAAAAGCCCUACUAAAGAUAAUAAUUAUAAACUAAUUAAACACAAUGAUAUAUGUUACCAUUCUUUAAAUAUUACUUCUAUUGAUAUUUCUGAAGAUGACCAAUUUUUUUUAUCAACUUCGUAUGACUUAACCAUAAGGAUACACACUGUACAAAGGAGAAAGAAUGUAAGACCCACUGUUUUGAGUGGAAACAAAACGACAAUUAUCGCUGCAUUUUUUUCGAAAAAUCGGGAUUAUAUUUUUAGCAUUAACAAGUCAGGAGUUAUUAUCGUGUGGUCUUAUGGGUUGGUUAGCGCUGAAGGGGGGGCGUCCCAGGAGGAGGAUGACGAGGGAGUAGUGAAGGAAGAUGAGAAAGUAGGGAUGGAAGAAGAUACAACGGAUGAGAAGGAGGCAGAUAAGAAGGUGGAAAUGAGGGUAGAUAAGACAGGCGAAAUGGGUGUAGAUAAGACAGGCGAAAUGGGUGUAGAUAGGACGGACGAGUUGGAGGAAGUCAGGACGGACGAGUUGGAGGAAGUUAGGACGGACGAGUUGGAGGAAGUUAGGACGGACGAGUUGGAGGAAGUUAGGACGGACGAGUUGAAAGUGAGUCGUGGGGGAUACCUGAGGAAAAGACGUGUGACUCAAGGGAAAGCGUUCGAAAAAAGGUGGAGCUACAAAAAAAUAUACUUUUGCAAUCAAGAGAAGAACGAAGAAGUAGUGAGGGCAUGUUUCAACAAAGAACACGAUUUGUUUGUGAUAGCUUAUUCGAACGGUAGGUUUGGCAUUUAUAACGCCCCUGAGAUGGUAUCUCUUUACAAUAUUAGUAUUAGCACAAAUACGAUUGAUGAUAUUGCAAUUAGUAAGGAUGGACAAUGGAUUGCAUUAGCUGAAUCAAAUAAUGGAAGUGUAAUAAUAUGGGAAUGGAAAAGUGAAAGUUAUGUAUUAAAACAAAGUACAACAAGUAAAUGCGUAAAAUGUGUGAAAUUUUCACCAAUAAUUAGUCAUUUAAAAAUAGGAAGUAACAUUGUUGAUAAUACAAAUGCAUAUCAUGAGUCAGAUAAUUUUACUAGUAAAUUUGUUAUAGUAACAGGGAAUGAAGAUGGUACUAUAAAAUUAUAUGACUAUUUAUCUUUUCUUAAUUUUGCUACAUUUACCGCUCAUACGAAUACUGUAACUGAUAUUUGUUUUUUGCCACAAGGAAAUGCCUUCAUUUCGUGUUCAUUAGAUGGUACAGUGCGGGCAUUCGACCUGUUGAGAUAUCGAAAUUUUAAAGUGUACACAGUGGAUUUUUUAUCAGACGAGAAUGAAGAUAAUAAUUAUAUACAAACUAAUGGUACCGAGUCAGAAAUGGAAGAAGGAAAAAAAAAAAAAAUAUAUAUGAACAGGUCAGGUAAAAAAAAUGUGGAAAAAAAAUAUAAUGUUCAAUUUUUGUGUGUAAAUGUUAAUAUAAGUGGAAACAUUGUAGCAGCAGGUGGAAGAGGUAAUGAAUAUAUUGUAUACAUAUGGAAUGUUCAGACGGCAAAAUGUAUAGAUAAAUUAUUUGGACACAAUUCACCUAUAAUUAAAAUUUGUUUUAGUACCAGUUUAAAAAAUGAGGGUGUUAUAGCUAGCUGUUCAUGGAGUAAAAAUGUGUUAAUAUGGGAUUUAUAUGCAAGAAGAAAUAAAGGAAGUAAAUUUGAAGAAAUUAUAAAUUCCCAUGAUAUUUCAUAUAUAUGUUUUGAUCCAAGAGGAAAUGAUAUAUUGGCAGUAUGUACAUUAAGUUGUAAAAUUAUUUUUUGGGAUAUAUUAGUUCAAGAAAUUGUUGGAACAAUAGAAGGUGCUCGAGAUAUAAAAAGGGGUAGACUUCUUGGUGAGGAAUUUUCAUCAAUUCCGAGAUUGAAUAAAAGGAGGAAAAAACAUCAUCAGUGUAGUGGUAAUAAUGAUGAUCAAGAGGAUGGUGAUAAUUACAUAUAUAUGGAUGACAUGAUAGAUCAAGGAAAUAACACUAUAGCAAGCCAAAAUUGUUAUUUUACAUGUAUAGAUUAUAUACACAAUGGAAAUUACAUAAUAGGGUGUGCAAACUGUAGUGUUUCCUUAUACAUUUAUGAUACAAAUUUAUUCUUGCUUAUUAAAAUAAUUGAUCUAACAAAAAAUUACUGUGUUGACGGUAUUAAAAGAGAAAUAUCAACAAGAUAUAUAACAACAGAAGGAAAACAUAUUUAUGAGUAUGAUUUGAGUGAUGAAGAGGGGGAUAUUUAUUUGGAUAAAUACAAAAUUGUGAAUAGGAAAAAAAAACAAAAUUUAUUGCCUGGUCAGGUAAAUGAAAAUUAUAUAAAUAAUAAAUUUAAAAAAUAUAAAUUUAGUUUAAACUAUUUGGAUAUAUCAGGAGAUGAUAGACAUAUUGCUGUUGCAUGUAGCAUGGGUUUAUAUGUUUUUACAAAAGAUUUUCAAUAUCAGUAUAUACCAAAUUUUAAAAACAUGUACAAAGGUUUGAUAAUUCCUCUUACUUAUGAGCCAAAAUAUUUAACACAGAAUGUAAAUUUGCAAAAUUUAAAAAAUUCGUUAAAAAAAAAUGAAUAUAUUAAGGCAUUUAUUCUAUGUUUAGCAUUAAAUAAUUAUGAAAACAUUUUAGAAGUAUACGAAAAGAUACCAUAUAAUAUAAUACCUCUGUGUGUAAAAAUUUUAACAAAGCCCUUUUUAUUUAUUUUAAUGAAUUUUAUCAAAACCUUGUUACUUAAUGACACUAUUAAACAUAUCCAUUUGCAUUUGUAUUAUCUUAAUUCUCUUUUUACAAUUCAUUUUAAUGCUUUUCUAAAUAGCGAUUUUUAUAACAAAACAAAAAAUAAUAAAAAUAUCAAUAAGAAUGAUGAAAACACGGCCUCAAGGAUGACAACCAGUUUGCACACUUCGGACGAGUUCAGGACUGCUCUCUUGUUAAUCCUCAAGCAGAUAUUCGUGGUUUACAAUGGGCUCCAGUACCUCUACAGCAACAAUAUCAACGUAUUGAAGUUUUUGUGCCUGGGGGGCGAGCCGGCGAGCCAGUUGUAG